AUGAGGUUAGCUGUGCUUUGCAUGUGCGGAACCCUGCUGGCCAUCUCCAUGACCCCUGGGAACUAUGCAAACCCCAGCGAGGGAACCUUCCAGUGGGGUACAGAAUCUGGGAGCUGCCUGGUAACUCUAAAGCCUGCAGGGAAGUGUGGGGGAGAGGGGAUAGAAGAGGACGCAUGCCCCUACCGAUUUAUCCUGCCACCGCUGGACAUCAUGCUGCCCUGGCAGCUCAGGGAGUUGGAGAGGACGGUGAAGGAGGUGCAAAGGCUAAAGGAGACUGUGGAGCAGCUGAAGAGAGCCUGCAUGGAGUGCAAGAUGAGCCAGAGGGAGAGGGAGCGAGAGAGAUUGGGGGACAGA